GAAGCAUCUUUAAGCAGUGCUGAAGGAGGCGAGGAGGAAAACAGUGGUGGAGAGAGAGGGCAGAAGUUGGAUGGCGCUUUGCUUUUGUCGCCGUGUCUCUGCGCUCUGCAACAACGAUCGAGUCCAUCCGUAAUCGCUAAAGCUAUACAGUCUGUCGUCGUUUGACGGAUAACUCCAUCUUUUGGGUUCAUCUAGCAAACGGUCCGCCCGCGUCCAAACCUGUGGCGGAGAUGAUGCAGGAAUCGGUGACCACGUUUGAGACGCAUCUGACGGCUGUCAUGGACAGUCUGAUCCGAGCCUCGGUGUGUGAGAUCACCAAACUGUUCCAGGAGACGGUCAACGACUACCUGGUGGAGCUGUCGCUCAACAGGAAGGAGAACGAUGCCCUGAAACUGCGGCUGCGGCUCACCGAGAACAAGCUGAGGACCGAGCGCAAGUACGGGAUGGGAUGGGCCGCCAGCCGCCGCAACGCCGGGCUGGCGGCGUCGGACGACGGAGCCGGAGGGCGGCAGAAGCGCAAAGUUGAGGUGGCCCGAGACAAGUCAAAGAAGGGCCCUGCAGCAGCAGCCUAUGGCAGAGGCUGGCCUGGAGGAAGUGGUGUGUGGGAGGAAGGAGGAGGCGGUGGUGGCAGCGGCAGUGGCAGCGCUGUUGUUGGAGGAGGAGGAGGAGGAGGAGGAAGUGGAGGGGCCAUGGGGAUGGCAGCAGCAGGAGGAGGAGGAAGAGGGGGGAAGGAGGCCAGGGAGACAUACCACAUCCAUUUCCCCAGAGAUGAAGAGGAAGAAGAAGGGAUGGCGGAGGACGAGGAAGGGGAGGGCAGCAACAGUGGUGAGGGGGAGGAGACGGCCAACAUCAAAGAGGAGUUUUGUACAAUAGAGAGCUAUCAGCCCACCUCUCUUCGGCUAAUCAAGGAGGCUUUGAAGAUGGACUCGCCCAACCAGAACCUCCACGCUGGCUCCAGGGCCCAAAGUGAAGGCGACCCAUCAGAUCAUCCUCCAACCCUUUAUCCUGGAGAGAAGAAGGAGGAGGACUGGGAGGUGUGUUCCACAGAGCCAUCACAAGGGGGCAUGACCAUGGAUGAGCUGAGGGGUCUGGAGUCCGCUCUGAGGGCGGAGCGAGGCCGUGAGCAGGCUGCUGUUUCGUCCUCCCAACCGGCCAGUUCUACCCUGGAGGGGGUGCGAGACGGCGAGGUCACAUUGGUCCCCAAAUACAUCGGCCUCGAUGGAAUGGAGCAGGAUGGAGAACUGGAGCCCCAGCCGCCCACCCUGCACAGGGAGGACCAGGUGGGGCACAGCAGGGCGAAGGACGGCACGGGGCCGGGAGCGGAGUCGAGGGUCGGCUGGCCGAAGAAGCUGAGAGAGAGCGACUCGUCCAACGGAGAGGACGCGGUGGAGCAGAAAGAGUCAGAGUAUCCGCCGCACCUGUCGGCCCAAGGAAGUGUGGGCGAAAGUGGAGGCGAGGAGGAGGCCAGCGGGGACCUGCUCCACUUCUGCCCACAGUGCGGAGGAGGCUUCACCUCCGAGGCCGAGCUGGAGGAGCACCCCUGUCCACUAGGGGGAGCUCACGCGCCGGGCAGCGGGGCGGAGGACAGUCUCUUCCCCUGCGCCCACUGUGGCAACACGUUCAGCCACGCCUGGGCCCUCAAGAACCACGAGUGCGCGUGCGCCGCCGAGAGGCCGCACUGCUGCGAGAUCUGCGGGAAGCGCUUCACGCACUCGCGCUCGCUGGAGCGACACCACCUGGUGCACACGGGCGAGCGGCCGCACCGGUGCCCGCAGUGCGGCCGCAGCUUCAGCCGCCUCGGCAACCUGGAGCGGCACCAGCGCAUCCACACGGGCGAGCGGCCCUACGGGUGCGAGGCGUGUGGGAAACGCUUCAGCCGCGUGGAGUACCUGAAGAGGCACCAGCUCAUACACAACAGCGAGAAGGCAACGCUGCAGUGCUCCAGCUGCGGGCGAGGCUUCAACGACGUGGAGCAGCUGAAAAACCACCAGUGCUUUUAGGGCGGCUUUCGCUGAAUGUGGUAGAAUUUAGCCUUUUGAGUGGGAUCGGUAGAUUCUCAUGUUGUUCUCAGUGACGUAGAGCUGCCUUCCUUUGACUCUGACAUGAUGAGAAGUGCCAUUCACAUGCAGAUAUACAAUGAUAUAAAGAGGGCAAAUAAUCAGUUGUACAUGAGCUUUCUCCGUAGGAGGAGAAGUAGGAUCCCAAUCCAGGCAUAUGAGCCAUGUUAUUAGGUGUUUUUACUUGUUUGACAAAGCUGGUACUUAUUUAUGAUGGACAAAGUGCAAAAUGACCUUUUUAUCUUUUAUCGGUGAAUUUAAACAUGUUGGGCUGAUGUCAUGGCUUUUCUCUGCUGAUAUAACUGACAUCUUGGUGUUUUAUAUGUUUGUGUCUUGUUAAGAAAUAAAUGUUUUCUUUCAUCAG